AUGAAGAUUUUCAUCGCACUGGCGUGUGCAUUUCUGCUACCUGAGCUUACAAACGGAAAUCUCGGUUUUGGUGGAAACCAAGGAAACUUUUAUUAUGGUAUUGGUGGUCAGUUGUCUGGUCUCAGCGGUAAUGGAAACCAAUACAUCAGUCAGCCUUACACUAGUCUCUACCUACCCGACCCUUAUGAACAUUUCUGUAAUUUUUUUUACCAUCUACGUUCUAUAAAUCAAGGGAAUAACCUUGACGCAGUUAUUCAUCAAGAAAUCCUUAAAGCCAUUUUUCAAAUGGGAAGAAGACUAGAGAUGGAAAUCCCAGGAUUUAAUGUUUUUCAGGCUCCUAAACUAGAAGAUUGCAGAGACCCGAAUAUUUGUGCUUACCUCUUCUAUAAAAGGUUGUCACCGAUGGAAAAUGAGUUUUUCAAUUCUGUCUACUAUGAUGAAGUUCGAGAGGUUUAUGUGGAACUUUGGUUAUUACACCCGCUCAUGCGACGAUGUCUCCCUUAUGUGAAGAAAGACUUGAAAAGUAUUAAUGCGAAGGUGAAAUUAGUUGAAGGAUUACUCGAUGCACGGAAACCAUUGUCUUCGGCUGCGGCUACGAUUCUGCCUUCUGAAAAGUUUAUAAAAGUUCUAGUCGGAAAUAGCGGAAAGGUUCUUAGAGAUGAGAUUAGAAGAUCUUGCGAAAAGCCGAAAUCGUCUGACCAAGUAUUUUGUUCAUCUUUGCCAGAACUUGUUCAACUGGUUGACUCGUACCAAACUGCGAAAGGUAGUGGCGACUCGAGUCCUCAAUGGAAUGCAUAUCUCCUACAUUUUCUAAUGCUUAAGUACAACUUUCCAUCUGAGUUUCAACAAGUUCAAUACCCUCAAGUCAACGAAGCAAAUGACCUCAUGAUAAAAAACCUGGAGGUGUUUUUUGAAGUCACUAGCAACAAGCAAACAGAUCGACUACGUGAUUUGUUGUCUUUGGUACCCGAUUUAAAGACUAUUAAAUCCGGUUGUCACACGACAUGGAACCUUCCGAGAAACAGUAAGAAGAGUGUUUGUGUGUUCUGGAAGGCUAUUAUACAAAUGAAAAUUUACGCCAUUUCCAGUACGCCUCCUGCAAAUGGGAAAGUUACUAAAGUUCUCAAUACCAACAUUGACUAUCCAAAUUUUUUGAGUUUGAAUGAGAUGAAUAACAUCCUUACAGCAGUUGAAAAUCAGGCAAAUGCUCAGAACAUCCUCACAGAUUGGCUGAGUGGAGAGUUGAAAAAGGAAGUUAAUGACAGAUUCCAUGGUCUUAAAACGUACUUUCAAAAGGUAGAAAGUUUCAAUCGCGCCAAAGCUGACUCUGAUGUUGCUUAUGCAAGUACAAAACUGGAACAUUAUGCCUCUGAAGUCGCCUCUUUAACCGACGAAUUAGGAAGUAGUUUAGAGAGACUUAUAAAUUGGGCAAUUGCGGCGGCUUCGGCAGAAGCUGCUGAAGACUUGGUUCAAUCAACAGUUAGCACUUUUGCUUAUUUGAAUCCUGUUGAAGCCGUAUUUGUGAGUUCUUCUUUGAAUGAGUUCGCAGAUCGUGUUAAUAAAUUGGCUCACACUCUCAGUGAAUUGGGGGAGAUGCUUUAUAUGAAGGAUUCUCUGGACAAUCUCUUUACCCAAAGUCAAAGUAUCAAAGCCAAGUUCAACGAAAAUUCUGAAUUCCUUGAAGUUGUCCGCAGUUUGGUUCAGGGUAUCGCUAGUGGAGCAUCCACGGACAAUUUUGAAGAAAAAAAGCAGAAAUUUUUAUGUCUUUAUAAUAAGUACGAUCCAAAAGUGGGGAAGCCAGAGUUGACAGCCCUCACAUCAUUGUGGGAAACUAUGAUUGACGAUACAUGUGAUACUAUACUCGGGCAAGAUACAGCCCUUGCUGCGACAAUGAUUGCACACAUUCAGAUGGAACGUGCAUGCCCCAAAACAAAAGUUCUUGCGCAGAAAAUGAUUGAAUCAUAUGUAGAAGUGUAUGACUUUCAGUUUGAACUCAUUGAGGCCAUGGCAAGCUACAUGAGAGCCACCACUGCGGUGGAAGCAGCUAACAGUAUCGUUGGUAAUUACGAACAGCUUCCCUCUGUGGUGGAUCAAAACGAUGUAAAAAUACCCACGUUAGCUUCUCUUGUCGUUUACAAAACUGCUCUAUGGAAGAGUACAGAUGACUUCUGCAGCAUCUUGGAGUACAAAGAAGGAGGAGUUCUUCCCAGUGUCUGCGAAGGCCUGGACACUAAUAUUGCAAGCUUGGCUUCUUACGUCAGUCCAACCUGCAGAAACGUAGAAGAAUACAAAGAUAUUCCGAUUGAUCCCCAUGAUAAGCUUGAAUUCCUGUCUGAUUUGUAUUCUGGUAAAGUUGUGUCAUUCCAGAUUCCUGAUGCUAAUUGGCUGGUUAGCAACAAAUGGAUAAACAGCCGUGACCGCGACUCUGCUAUUUUUGUUAAGAACCUAGAGGUAUUUUUGCCGUCAUCUAGCGCGCAUGAGCGUAAUGUAAGGGUCGAAUGGAAAGCUGUUGGGAUGAAUUACUUUACCCCCUCAAAUCCGACCAGUAAGAGGUAUGCUAUUGUCCCACGAAAGAAGUCUGUUUUUGAGUACAACGAAGGACGGGGUGCACCCGAGCACUGCAUGAAAGAAAGUUCCUUGCUGAACAAUCCUUACGGACCUAACCUGCCAAAGAUCUGCCCCUUGAAUGUCGAUGACAACAGCUGUGAUGAGCUCUUGCAAAAAACACCAUUGUUUCCAUCGGUCUACUCGAAAUGGAAAAUAUCUAUAUCUGGCUACGAAUCUGCCCGGAUUCCAAAUCCUGCGAACCAGGACUUCGCCAUCAAAUUUGGAGUGAAGCUCUGCAUCUUGCAACGUAAAGUUAAAGACAAAGGCAUCAACUUACUGGAUCCAAAACGAAGAGGUAAAGGAAGAAAGCGAAAUAAAAAGCAACAACAGAGAAAUAACGCAAACACAAUCCACUGCCAAGAUGGCCAGUACUGGUCAUUAAACAAGGGGGCCUGUACACCUUGCCCGUCGGGAUCCUAUUCAGCUUUGGAUGGCUAUUACUGCGAACAAAAUCAAGCCUGA